CUGCAACACUCCGAACCUUUUGGAAAGAAAGUUGAAGCAUCCGCUCACCACCCCAAGGCCAAACGUCGGAGGUACCGGCACCUGAUUAGAGGUCGAGCUGCGACGGAGAAAGUGCCGGCGUCAGGCGACGGUGCUGCAGCGGUAGUAGAGAGGCGAGCCGGGACCGGCGAAGAAGCAGAGCGUCUGCGGCGGAGGAGUGGGCUGUCAGGGUCCGAUUUUCUUCCUCCUCCAUCUCCCCUGGGUGUUAUUCCGCCCUUGCAGAUCGCCAAGAGCCACUGGGUUCGUGGGGUUUGGUUUAAACGGACCUGGGAGUUGCCAGUGAUGGGUGCGGCACCGGGCGAGUCCCGAAGAAAGGUGAACGCUCCGGUCGGCGGCGGCGGCGUGGACCAUCAGCGGUGUAACGAAACCUGGGGCGUCGUGGUGACCUUCUACCAUAUUCAGCGAACUCCAGCGGAACAGUCAGCUCCAGACGAUACACGGCCGCAGGAGGUGACAGACGCUUCCAGCUUAAGCCAGGGAGAAACCCAGAUUCCUCCAUUUUUCUUCCUUCUUCCUCAAAAUUAGUUGUUUCCGGUAUGAAAUUUUAUGUAGAAACUCAAGAAUAGUAUAAACACAUGAAUUUUUUUGGACAGAUUCCCACAGAGGGCGCCAGUGUUGAGUUUAAUCCAACACGAAAUAGUAAAUAUAUGUAUAAAUGUGUAUGAACAAGCUAUUUUUACGUGGAAACCCGAAAGGGAGAAAACUACGGGACUUUUUAGGCUAAUGUCCAAGCCCUCUCUUUCUCAUUAGGACUCUCCUCACCAUUACAUUGUACAAGCUCCCAUUAAUGAAGUAUCUGAGCUAUUCUAGAGGGAGAAGGAAGAAGGAAAGGAUCAAAAAAGGAAUCCUUUACAUGGAGGGAAAGACUCCUAUAAAUAGGGAAAGGGGUGAGGGAAGUACUCCACCCUAAUGGACCAAACGGGCCGAUGUCGGGCCUAAUGGCCAAAAUGGACCUAGCUGCUCGGGCUCCGUACUGGAUAAUGUCUUGGUCUCCUGAACAGUAAUAGGCCGAGAUAAUAUAUCCCAACAUAAUUAUAUAUGUAUGGUCAAUCUUUUAUUUGUAUUUGAUAUCAAUACUGAUUACUCGUAUUUAAUUUCUUUCCUUUAUUUGUACUUUCAAUGAUAUUAUAAUCUCAUUAAAUUGGUAAAGUAAUCAAAAUUUAAAAUUCAAA